ACCUAGCAGAGUUUCGCUCUCAAAAUCUCCACACUUUCUCUCUCCCAAAACCCAGUUCUGAAGCUCGCCGAAGAAAGAGAGAUGGGAAGAACUGACAGAGACCGCCUUUUUCAGAUUCUCAGUGUUCAUCUCAAUAACAUCCAUGAAACUUUUCAGCUUUUCGAUCAAGCUCCAGUUUCUUCCAUCGCAAAAGCUAGCUGGGAUGAGGUUAUAAAGAUGGCCGAUGGAGUCUCUAGACAAGCUACCAUUUUUGGAAUGCUUUGGGUUGAACAAACCCCAAAAGCUAAAGAACUCCAGGAGAUCAUGGAAGCAUACUUCAACACGCUGCUGGGUUUUAUUCUACUUUCCCAUGGGAGUACAGUAGGUGCAGGGCCUACAUUGUCAUCUUGUGUCUAUGCAGCUGUGAAGCGAGUUGUCGAUUCCAGCUUUCACUUAUGGAAGGAGUCUGUCUCAUUAUAUGGAACAGACGAGAAACAAUCAAUCCCUCAGCUGGUUGGUGCAGUGUGGGAAGCAUGUUCUGCUCUUCAGAAAACUCCGGGCAAUAACAUUACGGCAAUUGGGCGAGCAAUGACUCAGGUUGCAGUUACAAUGAAGGAUGUUCUCCGUGAGAUGAAGGAGCUCAAGCCAGGAUCCACAGACCCAGCAGAUGACUUCUCUGAUCAGACUCCUACUAAAGUAGAAAGCAAGCCCCAAGAAGACGACGACGAUGAUGAUGAUGAUGAUUUAGGUGAAGGUGAUCUUGGAAAUGAUUUGUCGCCUGAAGAGAUGAAAGUUGCACAGUCAACCAUUGCUGUAGUGUCUGAGACACUUGUAGUGCUAAAAGAACUUAUCCGCUCCAUCACGAGUUUGCUCAAGAUUGCGAACCCGCAUGACAACACUAGUCUCGUGGAUUCUCUGGAGAAACUGUCAAAACAGAGUCAAAAAAUUGGAGAACAGAUUGAUGAGGUGGGGGCCUGUCUUUAUCCACCACAGGAAGUUCCUGUUAUAAAGGCAGCAGUGGAAAACAUCUCCGGCAUAGUCGAUGACAUGCAGAAAGAAGUGGAAAGCCUUAAGGGAACCUCAGAAGCUUUUCUUCAGGCAUGUAAUGGACUGAGGGGCUCACUAGCACAGUUAAAAUCUGAUCUAGAUUGCUCCAGUCCUUUGGAUAUAGAGACCAAAAUGCAGAAAGUUGAUUUGAACAAUUAGAGAAUUAUUAUUAUUCUUUUGGUCAUGUGAAAUUAGAUACCCUUUGGCAGAUUUUGAUUAAGACUUAUAAUGUUGUUUAAAAUGAAUCCAUUCUGAGAUUUUGUACUGAUAGAGAACCGCUACAACUGUAUAUUUCACUGGAAAACGUCUACAAUAAUCAAUAAAUUCAGAAAAUUUAUACGA